CACGCCGUCCACGCGGUGGAUGUCGCGCUGUUGGCCAUCCCACGGUCACGGUGAUAGAUAAGAUGAGCCCCCGCUGCCCUACAAUCCCCUCUGAACCCUAUUCCCCUCGUUCGCCUCCCCCACGCAUCUCCCUCCCGAUCCCGAGCCCACCCGAGCAAAGCCGCCGUUGUGCCAUUGUCGUAGACGUCCUCUGAAGCCCUCUAGCGCGGCACACUAUUGUCCAGGAGCAGCACCAUCGACCUCUACAUCGACUACAUCACUGGAUCGGAUGAGAACGCCACUGCAAUCGACGCAUCGUCCACCUAUUCACCCACGGCCGCCGGCGCCAUUGUCGCUCGAUCCCUCAUCUCCGGUUCCUUCCCGGCCACCUCGAGCUCACUUUCGGCACCGCGGGUGCAUCUACAGAGCUGCGGCCCGUGCGCGCGGUGCUGCCAUCGGCCACGGCCAUGCUACAACCGUGUACAACAGGGAGCUGGAACCAUGUACACUGGGAGCUGGAACCGGCUAUGCGGGGCGCUGCAUCGGUGCCUACAGGAUGAGGCAACACGGCGUUGGCCAUGCGACAACCAUGUACGCCGAGAGCUGGAACAGGCAAACGUGGGAGCUGCAUCCGGCCUACAGGAUGCUACCACCGGCGAUGAAGACUGAUGCAACCAUUCAUGAUGGCGCCCCGACCCAUGACAGCGGCGACGUUGUUUUUGCUGCAUCCAUCGUCGUUGACGUUUGCUGCAAGACGCCCUGACCCACGACGGCGGUGACGACGUUUUGCUGCAUCUGUCGUCGUUUUUGCUAUCACCGACGCGAUGUUUUGCUGCAACCAUUCAUGACGGCGCCCUGAGCCCCGACGGUAGCGACGCCAUUUUUGUUGCAUCCAUCGUUGUUUUUUCCUACAGAAUCCACCGAUGAAUCCAAAAGCUGGAACCGAUGAAUAAAAACAGAUGGGCGGCGGAGAUGUUGAAACCA